AUGUUCUUCCCAUCUGCCCUUCUCGCCGCUGCUGCUAUUGCUCGCGUGGCCUCUGCACAGGCCGUCGACCCAGAUAGUGUCGAUGAAGCUACCAGAGAACAGUGGUGUCUGGCCCAGCAGACUUCUUGUCCUCUGAUCUGUCUCCAGCUUCCGGGAACCACCGAGACUCCUGCAGCAAACGACUGUGACCCGUCCAACCUAACCUUUGACUGCACCUGCAGCAACGGCAAGAUGCCCAACGCAACCGAGUACUCACAGACCAUCCCAUACUUCAUCUGCACAGAGUCCAACAACAUAUGUGUCAAGAACUGUAACGGUAACCAUGCUUGCCAGUCUGCCUGCCGUGAAGACCACCCAUGCGGUGCCCAGAACCCUGGUCGUCCCAACACUACCGCAACACCUACCACGACAGCCUCCCAGACAUCCAGCACCUCUGCCUCUAGCGGUGCCGUCUACACCGGGUUCGGGGAUGGAUCAACCUCUUCCGACACACCAAAGAAGGGCAUGGCUGGCCAUCAGGCCCUCCUCAACGCUGGUCAGCUGUAUGGUAUGGCCGUCGUGGCUACUAGCUUCCUUGCAGGUUUUGCUGUUCUUUUAUAA